AUGAUGUUUGUCGUGUUAAGCCAUAAUUUCCCGUUUGCUAUAUUCAGACCCCCCUAUUCCCAUACACCAGCCUGGAAACACGUCGAUACUUCCGCAGGCUUCCGCAUCCAGCAAUCACAACGACAACAACACGAGCAAUGGCAAAUCUAUACAUCACGCCCACGGCUCCCUUCUCUCCUACCCCACACUGUUCCAAGCCUCCAAGGCGUCAAUCACCCCUCCCCAAGCGAUCCACGUCACCCCAUCGCACAUGAUCCUCAGCCCAGCCAGCCCUACACCUCCACACCUCCACCGUUCCAGAAGAUCGCGCCAGAACGGUGGACGCCGAAGACAGUAUUGUACUAG